AUGGAUUCAUCAAGCCAUGAAUCCAUAUGGGUGCUUCUCCAUAAUGGGUCGCCAUUUACCGUUGGGCCCUGCGACACCCACAGAGAGGAAACCACCCACCCAGAGCCAGUGCACAUCUCACCCGCCCAGCCUGAGAACCUCAACGCCGUACUUGAGCCAACUGUCAGGUCAGACACCAGAUCCGUUUAUGGCCAUCCAGGGCUGAUUUCCAGCGUGUCCGAAAUCCCGCUGAUGUCUAUACGUGCUGCCAAGUGGGGCAUCAUUCCGGUGUCACGCUCCACCGUGACUAGCCUUCGCUGCUGGUCCCGCCCAGCACAGAUCCUGAGCCCAUCCAGCACAGUGCUUCACGUCAGCCCCGACGAGCCAGAGCUUCGCGUCAGCCACGACGAGCCAGAGCUUUGUGUCAACCACGACGAGCCAGAGCUUCGCGUCAGCCACGACGAGCCAGAGCUUCGUGUCAGCCACGGCGAGCCAGAGCUUCACGUCAUCCACGACGAGCCAGAGCUUCGCGUCAGCCACGACGAGCCAGAGCUUCGCGUCAGCCACGACGAGCCAGAGCUUCGCGUCAGCCACGACGAGCCAGAGCUUCGCGUCAGCCAUGACGAGCCAGAGCUUCGCGUCAACCAGAUCGAGCCGGAGACCGUCCAGCCGGAGACCGUGCCAGCCAGAGACAGCCCAGACAAUGCUCCAUGCCACACAGCCAUAUCAAUCAAGGUGUGGAUGGAGGACCACCAGAUCAAGACCCUGUCAUGGCCAGCCCAAUCUCCAGGCCUGAACCCCAUUGAAAACCUCUGGAAUGUGAUCAAGAGGAAUAUGGAUGGGCAUGGCACCGGCUGCCUGCGCUCCUAUUCGUUGCCGGUGAAGUCUGUGUGCGAUUGGGUCCUGGAAGGGAGUGGGAGGGGCAUUCUCUCUUUCCUCUCUGUGCUGGAGCGUGUGUGGAUAGAGAAAGACAGAGGACUAGUGCUUCAUAUCCCCCCUCUGGCCUCCCCGUCUCCCUGCUCCCUGUCACUCCAUCCUUCCUUCCUCCCUCCCGGACCACCCGUCAGCGGCUGGAUCAACCCGCCCGGACCCUCCUCCCACAACCCCUUUGACUAUCCUCACUUCACCGUCCCAUCUUGUGAACUGUGUGCAGCUUUCAAGUUUUCCCUUCUGGCAGUUCCUCUCAGAGGGAAGCGUGCAAAGAGAGAUGAGGGAUUAGAAUCUAGAAUUUAUGCAUGUUUUCCAUUCAACCCUCAGAAUCUGCAGGGAUCAGGUGAUUAUGGAGCAAGUGGAGAUGGAGACAGACCACCAUCAGUCCAGCUGACACCUCCCUCCUCUCGGCCGAUCCAGCAGCCACCGGUGACCAGCAGUGAGAAGCAGCAGACAGGUUAUGUUGGUGCAAGAGGAGAGAAAGGAGAAAGAGGAGAGAAGGGUUCCAAAGGUGACAGGGGCCUUACGGGGCCAAAGGGCGAUUCAGGAACUGUGUCUGGUGGCAGUGCAAAAGGAGACAAGGGUACCGUAGGAGAGAAAGGAAUGAAGGGCAAUGCUGGUUUUGGUUAUCCUGGAUCAAAGGGUGACCGUGGUCCCGCUGGACCUCCAGGGCCUCCCGGUCCCCCCGGGCCCAGUGCAGAGGUAGAGGUGAGAGGAGAUGGGUCUGUUGUUCAAAAAGUGACGGGACCAAGAGGACCACCUGGACCUCCAGGACCCGCAGGCCCUGCUGGAAAUGAUGGGGAGCCGGGUGACCCUGGUGAAGAUGGAAAAGCUGGUCAAGUUGGACCUCCCGGUUUUCCUGGGACUCCUGGAAUCAAAGGAGACAAAGGAGACCGAGGUGAAAGUCAGCCAGGACCCCGUGGGCCUCCAGGGCCUCCUGGCCCACCAGGACCCAUCUCUCGCUCUGAUAGGCCUACAUUUGUGGACAUGGAGGGCUCUGGAUUUGAUAUGGACAGUGUGCGAGCAAUGCCCGGUUUGCCUGGCCUACCUGGUCCUCCUGGUCCCCCCGGCCCGCCUGGCCUUCCAUCUUCAGGCUCUGGUGGUUUUGGGCCUCCUGGUCCUCCUGGGCAAAAUGGAGCUCCAGGUCAACCGGGACUUCCAGGUCCACCAGGUACUGAUGGAAAACCAGGCUCACCUGGCCCAAUAGGAGAGAAGGGUGAUGCCGGUGAGCUGGGCCUACCUGGACCUGUGGGAGAGAAGGGCGCCACGGGUCCUGCCGGUUCCCCUGGUCUCCCUGGGCAGGGUGGGCUUGCUGGUCUUCCAGGACCAAUGGGACCCGUUGGACCACCAGGACCACCUGGUCCACCUGGCCCAAGAUAUCACGUUGGAUUUGAUGACAUGGAGGGCUCUGGUAUUCACUUCAGUUCAGUCCCUGGGGUAAGAGGACCAGUUGGAAUUCAGGGUCCUCCUGGUAUCCCAGGACCACAAGGUAUCCCAGGAUAUCCUGGUGUGAAAGGUAGCGAAGGACUUCAGGGACAAGAUGGCCGCCCUGGUUUGGAUGGCUUCCCUGGACCACAGGGACCAAAGGGCGACAGGGGAGACAGAGGCGAGAGGGGUGAACCUGGACGAGAUGGAACUAGUUUUCCAGGUCCACCCGGCCCCCCUGGACAACCUGGACAAAUUAUUUAUCGUUAUGCUGAAAAUUAUGAUGAAACUGGAGGAGUAGGGCCUCAGGGUGGGAGUGGUGUUCCUGGUCAAGCAGGAUUCCCAGGCCCAAUGGGACCGAAAGGUGAUAGAGGAGAGCCUGGUUUACCAGGCUAUGCCAUUAAGGGAGAAAAAGGAGAACCUGGACUUAUUCUUGGACCUGAUGGAAACCCACUUUACCAUGGUGGAUUGGUAGGCCAAAAGGGUGAGAAAGGGAAUUUUGGACCAGUCGGACCUCCUGGUCCAGCUGGACCUGCUGGUUUGAAAGGUGAAUUUGGAAUGCCAGGCAGACCCGGUCGCCCAGGUGUGAACGGAUACAAAGGAGAGAAGGGAGAACCAUCGUCAGGCUCUGGAUAUGGUUACCCAGGUCCCCCCGGUCCCCCAGGACCCCCUGGUCCCCCCGGUCCUGCUGUGCCCUUGGACAGAUUUGGAAGAUAUGAAGAUUAUUCAAGGCAAUACCCAGCUACGAAAGGAGAUAAAGGAGACCAGGGAGCUCCUGGGAUUCCCGGAUCACCAGGCUUUUCCUCAAACCUUGAUAUCUAUGCCCUCAAGAAUGAGAUGAAGGGCGAGCAAGGUGAUUCCGGUCUUAAAGGAGAGAAAGGAGAGCCAGGAGGUGGAUUUUAUGACCCUCGUUUUGGAGCCGGACAGGGACCGCCAGGAAACCCAGGUCUUCCUGGACCUAAAGGAGACUCGAUCAGAGGUCCCCCUGGACCGCAGGGUCCACCAGGACCACCUGGGGUUGGUUAUGAUGGUCGUCCAGGAAACCCUGGACCUCCGGGACCCCCUGGCCCUCCGGGGUCACCGUCAUUGCCAGGAGCCUACAGACCACCACUCAGUAUUCCCGGGCCUCCAGGUCCCCCCGGCUCACCUGGAAUUCCUGGCACUGGAUCUGGGGUGACUGUCAUGAGAUCUUAUGACAUAAUGUUUGCGACGGCACGCAGACAGACAGAAGGUGCUCUGAUUUACAUUUUAGACCGAAGCGAUCUCUACCUCAGAGUUCGGGAUGGUGUCAGACAAGUGAUGCUUGGAGAUUAUAAACCCUUCUAUGGAGAGCUGGACAAUGAGGUGGCAGCGGUCCAGCCGCCCCCUGUUGUUCACUAUUCCCAGGACCACACAGCCAACAAUGGAGCGGAGCAGAUUUCUCCACCGCACCAGCCGAUUGAGUUUCCAAGGAGUGAGCCAGAGAAUAGAAACCCCAAUCCACCUGACUCCCGUUACCCAGAUCCACGAUACCCACCUUACACUGAUAACAGGUACAAUCCUGUACAACCAGAAAUCAGAUACCCUGUUCAACCUGGGAGGAACCCUAUCACUCCAGCCCGCCGUCCCAGCCCCCCUGUCAAUCAACCAGAAGGCCACACCCACACUUCCGGACCGGGGUUGCAUCUUAUUGCCUUGAAUUCUCCACAAGUGGGGAACAUGAGAGGCAUUCGUGGGGCAGACUUCCUGUGUUUCCAGCAAGCUCGGGCCGUGGGGAUGAAGGGAACAUUCAGAGCCUUCUUGUCUUCCAAACUUCAGGAUCUCUACAGUAUCGUCCGCAAGUCCGACAGAGAGACGUUACCAAUUGUUAACCUCAAGGAUCAAGUCCUUUUCAGAAGCUGGGAGUCUCUCUUCAGUGACUCCGAGAGCAGGAUGAAGGACAAUGCUCCUAUGUACUCCUUUGAUGGCAGAGAUGUCCUGAGGGACAGUGCCUGGCCAGAGAAGAUGAUCUGGCACGGGUCCAGUGGCAGGGGUCACAGGCAGACGGAUAACUACUGCGAGACGUGGCGGGCCGGAGACCGUGCAGUGACAGGUUUGGCCUCAUCUCUGCAGGCUGGCCAACUCCUCCAGCAGACCUCCAGCAGCUGCUCCAGCUCCUUCAUCGUGCUGUGCAUCGAGAACAGCUACAUGGCUCAAUCCAAGAAAUAAAGCCGUCCAAAAGAGCUUUUGAACACUCAACAGAACAGUUUAUACAGGCGCUGUUUCACUCCAGUAGAUUCCUGUAUCUAAUAAAUGGAGAUUUUUUUUUUUUUAAAGAACUGAGUCUGCCUUAAGGAGAAUUUGCCAGUCAUUUAUUCCCUCACCGUAACGCCAAAGAAGCUGGUUGAACGUGGAGGUGUUUGCUCUCUCUCAGGGCAUUGGCACAUAUUUUUCAGGGGGUUAAACCAGAGAAGUGAGGCCAACUAAGGCAGUGUUUUUAACUGUAUCCAUAUAAAAUUUUGUAUAUGAAUUGUUUGUCAUCUGUGUUGUUGUUUUUGGAUUUUUUGAAGAUGUCUUAAUUGGUAUAUUUAACCAAUUUUACCUAUAUUGUUUGUGUAACUUUUUUUCCUCCCCGCUUGCCUGUACCGAUUCAAUUUUCAUCCAAGGUUUGUUGGAUACUGAGGGGCAGACCUUAUAGUUUAAGGUUUUAAAAAGAGAAAAUAUUUAUUUUGCAAUAAAGAGAGCUAAAAUAUGAUUUGAAACUAUUAAAAUAGAAUACUUUUUUCUAUUUUAGUAAGCACCUUUUUUUUUACAUACUUCCACAGAUAAAAGUGCAAGACUGAAAUAGUUAAUUGUUGCUAAAAAUGGUCGCUCUCUCGAAAAAAGCUCCAGUGGGCAAAGAGAAGAUGCCUUGAAUAAUUCAAUACUUGUCACUCAAGAGUUUUUGUACAACAAAAUUAUUUGGAAAAACUUCUGUUGCAUCUAUGGGAUCACUUUGUGUGUGUGUGUGUGUGUGUGUUUUUUUUCUUUCUUUUCUUUUGUGAUUAAUGUGAAAUUACACUACAUUCUUCUUAGUGUCAUUGCUUGUUUUACUCUUCUGGUUGAUUCCAGAAGUUUUGAUAAAGCAAAGUGGAUGAUUUUUGUAACAAUUGACAAAUAUUCAUGAAAAAAAAAAUUUUACUCAAAAAUAGCGGUUACAUGUCCCAUAAUUCAUUGGACAUAUGAAUUGCAUUUCACUGAUGAAACAGGUGCUGACAGUGUUGUUCGAGAGAGACAAAUGUGUUUUAUGAAGACACUUUAUCCUCUAUCCAUAUGGAAUUUCAGACACCUAAUCCACUAUAGUGCUACUGAUGUGUUCAGUACAACCCUGUGGGCUUUUUUUUUUACCAGUAUGUGCUGUACCAUGUCUCAGAGGCACUGAAUAAAUGAUUUUUUUUUUUUUUUUUUUUUAGUUUGCCACAAUCAUUUUGGCACAACUUUUUGUGUAUUAAAAUCCUUUCCUUAACCUGACCUGUCUGCACAUAGCUUAGACUAUGUUGUCUGUUCAUGCACAAUAUUAACAUUAGAUAUCAUUCACAAGCCAUUCCAUAUCAUGAAUGUGUUUACUGUUCACUGACUGAUUGAUUAAAAAAUAAAGGAUUUUUUUUCUCUCACUA